UUGAUGUGUACUAUUUAUAUUAGUGUUUAUAAUGGCAUCAUUACAUCAAAAUGAUAAAAUUCUAUGCACAGAUAUUACUACUGCCAAAUGUAAAUCAUCUGAUAUAAAAGUAGCCAUUCCUACCAUGUCUCUACAGAAUCAUAUUGAGAAACGAUACAAUGACAUUAUUAAGUCACCGAAUGAUAAAAGAGAAUAUAGAGGUCUAUUGCUUACCAAUAAGAUGAAAAUUUUACUUAUUAGUGAUCCUACAACUGACAAAGAUGCUGUAGCAUUGAAUGUGAACAUUGGAUAUUUAAGUGAUCCACCUGAUUUACCAGGUUUAGCACAUUUUUGUGAACACAUGCUAUUCUUAGGCACAGAAAAAUAUCCAGAACAAAAUGAUUAUAGUAAAUAUGUAACACAAAAUGGUGGUAGAUAUAAUGGAACAACCAAUAUGGAUCACACUCUUUAUUAUUUUGAUGUUCGUUCAGAAAAAUUGAAAGGUGCAUUAGAUCGUUUUGCACAGUUUUUUAUUGCACCACUCUUUACAGAAACUUUAACUGAAUUAGAGCUGAAUGCUAUUCAUUCAGAAUAUGAAAAAAAUGUAAAUAAUGAUAUAUGUCGUAUUGAUCAAUUGGAAAAGUCAUCUGCUGAUCCAAACCAUCCUUUUUCAAAAUUUACUAGUGGAAGUAAAGAAACAUUAGAUAUAAUUCCAAAACAAAAUAACAUAAAUGUAAGGGAAAGGUUACUUCAAUUUCAUAAGGAUUUUUAUUCUUCCAACAUCAUGUCAUUAUGUGUACUUGGUAAAGGAAUUGGUGGCUAUGAUGAUAAACAACAUGUGUUAUUAGAAAAAAUCAUAGAAAAAAUGAUUAAUUUUAAAAUUGAUCCAAAAAGGUUCGAAAUUUUAAAAGAAAGUUACAUUAGAAAUCUAGAAAAUUCUCAAGCAGAACAACCAUAUCAACAUGCAGUUUAUUAUCUUGUUGUCUUAUUAGCAGAGCAAGUUUGGAUGAAGGAUGAAUUAUUAGAAGCCACCAAGCAAUUAACUGUUGAAAGAGUUGAACAGUUCAUCCCACAGUUUUUAAAUAAAAUACAUAUGGAAUGUUUAAUACAUGGAAAUAUGACAUUCUCAGAAGCUCUUGAAACAGGGAGGUUAAUAGAAUCAAAAUUAUCAAGUACAAUUCCUCAAAUAAUACCACUUCUACCAAGACAAUUGAUUUCGCAGCGUGAAAUCAAACUAGAAGAUGGUUGUCACUUUUUAUUUGAAGUAACAAAUAAAUAUCAUAGCAGUUCAUGUACACAAGUUUAUUAUCAAAUUGGCAUGGAAUCAAUAGAAUCAAAUAUGUUACUAGAACUUUUAGCACAGAUUUUAUCAGAACCUUGUUUUACUACAUUAAGAACUAAAGAACAAUUAGGAUAUAUAGUAUUUAGCGGUGUUCGAAAAACAAAUGGUACACAAGGUUUAAGAAUUAUAGUUCAAAGUGACAAACAUCCUAAAUAUGUUGAACAGAGAAUUAAUAUAUUUUUGAGCUCUAUGUUGCAAUAUAUAUCUUCUAUCACCGAAGAAGAAUUUAAUGCCCAUAAAGAAGCAUUGGCUAUACGACGCCUUGAAAAACCUAAAAAAAUGACUACUUUAUCUACUGUCUUCUGGAAUGAGAUUGCAACGCAACAGUACAACUUCGAUCGAGCCAAUAUUGAAGUUGCAUAUUUGAGAACUUUAAUAAAAGAACAAAUACUAAAGUUUUAUAAAGAUAUGCUUCAAAAUGAUAUUCAACACAAAUUAUCAGUGCAUGUACUUUCUACAAUAAAAGAUUCGAAAUCAGAAAAUGAAAAUGCCAUAGAACCUAACGAAAAUAUUCAGUUAGACGAGACAAAUACAAUUGAAUAUAAAAAGAUAGACGAUGUUCUGUCAUUUAAAAUUAGUCAGUGUUUGUAUCCAUUACUAAAACCAUUCAGUGAUAUACCAAGAAAGGGAGUCCAUUCAUCAAAAUUAUGA